AUGGUAGACUGGAAUAACAGUGAUGCUAUGGAGCCCAUAUUUAUCUUGAGGGGUUUUCCUGGACUGGAGUAUGCUCAUUCUUGGCUCUCCAUGCUCUUCUGUCUUGCAUAUUUGGUAGCAUUUACGGGUAAUGUUACCAUCCUCUCUGUCAUUUGGACAGAAUCCUCACUCCAUCAGCCCAUGUAUUACUUUAUUUCUAUCUUGGCAGGGCAUGACCUGGGGAUGUCCCUGUCUACACUUCCCACCAUGCCUGCUGUGUUAUGAUUGGAUGCUCCAGAGAUUCAGGCAAGUGCUUGCUAUGCUCAGCUGUUCUUCAUCCACACAUUCACAUUCCUGGAGUCCUCAGUGUUGCUGGCCAUGGCCUUUGACCGUUUUGUUGCUAUCUGCCAUCCACUGCAUUACCCCACCAUCCUCACCAACAGUGUAAUUGGCAAAAUUGGUUUGGCCUGUCUGCUGCGAAGCUUGGGAGUUGUACUUCCCACACCUUUGCUACUGAGACACUAUCAAUACUGCCAUGGCAAUGCCCUCUCUCAUGCCUUCUGUUUGCACCAGGAUGUUUUGAGAUUAUCCUGUACAGAUGCCAGGAUCAAUAACAUUUAUGGGCUUUGUGUAGUCAUUGCCACACCAGGUGUGGAUUCAAUCUUCAUCCUUCUUUCUUAUGUUCUGAUUCUUAAUACUGUGCUGGGUAUUGCAUCUUGGGAAGAGCAGCUAAAGGCACUCAACACAUGUGUAUCCCAUAUCUGUGUGGUGCUCAUCUUCUUUGUGCCAGUUAUUGGGGUGUCAAUGGUCCAUCGCUUUGGGAAGCAUCCAUCUCCCAUAGUCCACGUCUUCAUGGCAGACAUCUACCUUCUUCUUCCCCCAGUCCUUAACCCUAUUGUCUAUAGUGUCAGAACAAAGCAGAUUCAUUUAGGAAUUCUCUGCAAAUUUGUCCUAAGGAGGAGGUUUUAA